AGUAUAAACAAUUGAAAAUUCUAAUAUUUAUUUUAUACUAUGGUUAAACCACAGAUAUAUAAACAAACAUAAACUAACAUUGUUUAUAUCUGUGGGUUAAACCAUAGAGAUAAUGAAUUAUUAUGUUGGUUACGACCUGAUUAGUCAUUACUUAUUAGCUUAGAGUAAUAAAACUAGUAAUGCUCAUUAGUAAUGUUAGUAUUUACUAUUAACUUUUGAAUUUGAAUGGUUUUAAUGUUUUAUCUUUAAUUGUAAACAACCGGACAGUGAACGUAGUCGUAGUGAGUAGUAUUCUUGUGCUUUUAAAUUUUUAUUUUAUACGCCAUUAUGGAUAAGUGGCUUAAAAGAAAUAUAGUUACUAGUCGCACCGAUGAAGAAGACGAUCCUGUACCAACUCUCACUGCCAGUAAUGUUAUAAUCCAAAGUGUUGAACAUAGAACUCAAAAUAAAAAACCUAAAAAAACUGCAAGAAAAUUUUGUACUAAAUGGCUUGGAAGGGAAGAAUUUUCGAAAUGGCUCUUACAAAAAAUAGAUGCUAAUGGAAAACAUUACGCAUAUUGUAAAGUUUGUAACUCAUCAAUGAGUUCACAUCUUACAGAAAUAAAGCGACAUAGUUCAUCGCCUAAGCAUACAAACAAUUCUAGACAAGUUGAUAACCAAAAAAGCGUAAGUGAAGUUUUUAAGAUCUCAUCAUUAACAGAACAAACAAGGAUCGCUGAAAUUAAAAUUACUGCAUUCCUUGCUGAAAAAAACUUACCACUAUCUUUAACAGACAAACUUAUUCCGUUGUGCAAAUCUGUAUUCCAAGAUUCCAAAAUAGUAAAAAAUAUGUCUUUAGCGAGGACAAAAACAACAGCAGUUAUGCAAAAUGUAUUAGGUAAAAAUAUCAUCAAUGACCUGUGUAAUACUCUUACAAUGCCUGGUACAUUCUACUCCUUAAUUAUGGACGAAACCACUGAUAUAUCAGAAAUCAAACAAUGUGCGAUUAUUAUAGUAUAUUUUGAUACCCAAACAAUGAUGGUGAAAACUGAAUUCUUAGACAUGGGACAAACAUCUUCAGGUACUGCUGAUCAUCUUACAGAAUUGUUGCUGCAAUGCCUUGACGAUAAAGAAAUACCAAAAAAAAUGUUCAUCGGAUUUUCUUCUGAUACAACAAACUCUAUGACUGGGUCACUUCAUUCUGUGUUUACAAACCUGAAAACUGCAAUACCAGGUAUAGCAUGCAUAAAAUGUUCCUGUCACAUGAUACAUUUAUCUUCCUCUAAAGCUUGUUUAAAGCUUCCACGGUCAAUCGAAGACCUAUUACGUAAUAUUGGAUCACAUUUCAGUAGAAGUUAUUCGCGUCAAAUUAAGUUUAGAGAAUUUCAAGAAUUUUUUCACAUUGAAAUUCAUAAAAUAUUAUCGCCAUGCACAACUCGUUGGUUGUCACUAAAAGCAUGUGUUGAUAGAAUAUUUGAACAAUUUCCAGCUCUAAAAGAAUAUUUUAUACUUUCAAGUUUUGAGGACCCUUCUAAAACACUAGAACAAAUCCAUAGUACUAUGGAAAAUUAUUUUACCAUUAUAUACUUAGAAUUCAUGUCUUACACACUAGGUCUCUUGACAAAUUUUAAUAAAUUAUUUCAAAGUGAAGGCCCUCUACUAUAUAUGUUGAAACCAGAAAUUGAAAAACUGUUAAAAAUAGUGCUAAUGAAUUUUAUGAAUAUUGAAUAUAUUAGAACUUUGGAUACAAUCAUGAUAGUUUCACCUCAGAACAUUCAAUAUCAUGUUCCAUUAACUGAUAUUUAUAUUGGUGUAAACGCUACAACCAGCAUCACAAAUUUAAAAAACAACAGUUCUGUUGAUUCUAAUGAAGUAAUUAAAUUUUUUAAAUCUUGCCAAGAAUUUUAUAUUGAGCUUGUUGUAGACAUAAAGAAAAGAUUUGUAUUCGAUGACCUUGUUUUCAAAUGUAUAGCUGUUACUGAACCAGCAUUAAUUAAACAAUUUAGUGUAAAAUCGUUAAACCAUGUAAUUGAACGAUUUCCUGUUUUAAAUUCGUUAAUAAGUAGUCCUCAAGAACUUGAUAUGGAAUGGAGAGAAUUAGCACUCAUGGAUAUUGAACCCAUUAACAAUAAUAGUUCAAAUGAUAUUAUGAUGUAUUGGAGAAAAGUAUUUUUAUUAAAAAAUUCUAUAGGUGAUAUUUAUUUUCCCAAUAUUUGUAUCACAAUGAGACUAUUAUUAAUCCUACCCGUUUCGAAUGCUUCAGUUGAGCGGUUAUUUAGUGACUUAAAAAAUAUAAAGACUCUACAUCGAAAUAAAUUACAAACCCAAUCGAUAAUCGGAAUCCUUCGAACUAAAAACUCCAUUACUGAUUGUGUAUCCUUUAAACCAACCGAUGCAAUGAUUAAAAGUAAAAUUUGGGACAUGCCGUAAUUUUAUGUUUUUAAAUAAUUUAUAAGACUGUUUGCAAUUUUAAGUUCCUAAAGAUAUUAAAAUAAAAUGUUAAAUAUAUUAUAAGUACGACUAGUAUGAAAUUAAAGUUAAAAUGUUUUUGUUUUUGUUUAUACAUUUAUAUUGUUUAAUGUUUUGGUCUUUUUUUAUAUAAUACUGAUUUAUAAUUUUAUAAUUUUAAUUGAUAAACAAAAGUCUGUUAGCACUUUGUAGUUUGCACUAAGUAUAUUUAAGCAUUUAUAAGAUUUAUAAUAAAUAUGAACAAUAAUUUAUAAAAAAAAAAUAAUUACAUUGAAAGAUAUUGAUUUUGUUUAAAUAUUUUGUUUUGUUUUUUUAAGUUUAAAAAUGAAAAUUGUUAUAUAUGUUGCCGAUUAUGUGGCAUAUAAUUUUAUAAAUUAAUUGAUCAUCAAAAGUCUGUUUUUACUUUGCACUAACUAUAUUUGA